UGAGUCAACAUCAACAACUUUCCAGAAUUUGUCCCAAGAAAUACUACUUUCAAGCUACUUUCAAGGGGUUUCAAGAACCUUUAAUACAAAAGAAUGAAGAGAUUUAUAUAAUAAUUUUUGCGUGAGGUUGAAAAUCUCAAGAAACAUGGACCAAGAUCACAUUAAAGUUAAGCUCUGGCUAGAAGACGUGAUACAAGAAGAUUCCAUUCCACAAUAUGAAAUUAAUAGCAAAACAAUGUCUAUCCUGACACAACUUGCAGAACGUAACAAAAGAAUUAACUCUGAUACCGAGAUUGUGGCAGAAGAUAUGAGGCAGAAAGCUGUUGAGUAUGACUUAGAAGCACAGAGAAUGCAGAAAGUAUUAGACUAUUUAGGGCUGUCACUGUCAAGUUUAUCUCAAUCAGGAGAUCAUAGUAUCAAAAUAUUGUCCGAUAUUGCUUUGCUGCUUGGCUUGAAAGACUGUACAUCAUCAAGUCUGCUUCUUGGUAUUAUCAACCAAUCGCGUACUCUGAAUAAAGUGCUGGAUGACAGAGCAGAAGAGAGCAGUAUUUACUCCAAGCUAAUAUCCAAAACUAAAUCAGCAUUAGUGCAAGCAAACUCACUGCAGAGGACAUUUGAAUCUCUGGAAGAACAACACACACUGCAUAAACCUGUUCUUGAAAAACGAUCCCAUGAAACAGAGUUUUUUCACAACAAAGCCAAACAGUACCAUAAGAUUGUGAGAGAAGCAGAGGAAUAUCAAAAAUCAUUGAGAUUGGAAUCAAGUAUAUUUCAUGAAAAUUUGGUGAAAAAAUCUGAGGAUGUAAAUUAUUUGAAAGAAAAGAGCAAACCAUUGAAAGACAAGUUAGAAAUCUAUCAGGACUUACCACCAGAUUUAUCAUUAGCCAAAGUUAAAGUAGAAGAAGCAAAGUUACAACUUGCACGACUGGAAGAACAGUUGUCAAGCAACAUCAACAUGCUUCACUCUUGAUGGAAACUGUAUGUAAUUAUCAGACCUCUGAGCAGUAAUAUAAGUUGUACUUUCCUUUUUUGUACAGCAUUAUAGUAAAUUUCUCAAUGUAUAAUCUUGGUUAUAUAUAUCAAAGAUCUAUGUUAAAACUUAUGAUAAUGACACAAAGUACAGUUCUACACUGUCUAAAGGAAAAAGACACUUUUCAUCACAAAUAAAAUAUAAUAAUCUAAGACUGUACUUUUUGUGAUCAAUUGAAUUGUAGAUCACUAGAGCUUAGUUUGCUAGUAUUAUUAUAUGUCUUUGAUUGUAUGUAUUCAAUUCAAUGAAAAAAUUGCCAGUGAAAGGUUUUUCAAAGUUUAUGAUUACAAUCAACCAUAAACUUAGAAAGCUUUGAGAAGAAUAGUCUCCAUCAGUCUAGACAAACUAGUCUUUGAUCAACAGACAAACUUUCUUGAAUUGCAUUAAAAAGUUUGAGUUUCCUUUUUCUUUAUGUAGAAUUCAUGAUGAAAAAUUAUAGGAAACUUUACAUUUUUUCAUUUGCUGUUUAAAUAAAGCAGUUAAUGAAGUGUUGAAAGUUUCAAUAAACCUUUUAGACAAGCUACAAGGUUAGGUUUGUAAUGACAAGUGUUAAAAAAAAUGUACAUAUUCACUUAUGUGCAACUUUAUAAAAUUAUGUUAGCUUUUCUUGAAAAACUUGUCAGGCUCUUCUUUACCAAGGAAAAUUCAAAACAGACAAAUGUUGUCAAGCACUGACAUUAAAGAAAGUCUACAGCUUAAAAUAAUUAGCGCUAGGUUUUCUUUGUUCUGACAGUUUUAAGUAAACAAAGCUUCUUAUUGUCAACACUGACUAAUGUUGCGUCAAUGACCUGGAAACUAAGUGAAAACCUUUGUGAAGAAAAUUGAUUAAGUUUUUUCUUUUGACAAGGUGUUUAA